GUGCUGAAAGGAGAGAAAACCUUGAAUGGAACUGGAAAAGUCCUGAAGUCAACUGAAAAGGACAAUGUUUUUGUUUACUUUGCCGAUCAUGGAGCUAAGGGAUUGGUUGCUUUUGGUGAAGAAUUCCUCAGGGCCACUGAGCUGAAUGCCGCAAUUAAAUCAAUGAAUGAAAAGAAGAUGUUCUCAAAACUUCUGUUCUACAUGGAAGCUUGUGAAUCUGGUUCUAUGUUCCAGGGACUACUGGACCCUAAAAUGAAUGUAUUUGCUACAACUGCCUCUAAUGCUACCACCUCCUCCUAUGCUUGUUACUAUGAUCCUCUGAGGAAAACAUUUCUAGGAGAUGUUUACUCAAUAAAGUGGUUAGAGGAUUCUGAUAAAGAAAAUAUAGAAAAGGAGACCCUGGAAGAACAAUAUAGAAUUGUAAAGAAGGAGACUAACACCAGCACUGUCUGCCAGUUCGGAAAUAUGGAUAUUAGCAAACUUACAGUUGGAUCCUUUCAGGGUCUGAAACCUACAGUUUCAAUUAACCUUCCGCUUUCUGGUUCUUACUGA